ACCAUGACAGCCACGUCCACUGUGUCACUCGUCAAAGAACUUCUUAAAGUCGUCGGAUCGCUCGAAGAGCAAGGAGUGAAUGGUCAUCUACAGCCGCAACAGGCUUACGAGGCAACAAGGCGAGUGGAGGCCCUCACCGACGAGAUCAAAAGGGCGGUGCUCGGACCCCUGGAGUACACCAUUCAGAUCGCAGGCAGCUCUCUGUCUCAUUCUAAUCGUACAACAUACUGGAUUUAAAAUAAUAGAGUCU